AUGAAUCCUGUCGAAUUUGCCUGCCCCUACCAGGCUCGCACAAGCAUCCGUUCUCAACUACACCCUCGAAAGGAAAAACGGAGUACUUGCCGUCACUUCAAAGAGGGGAGGUGCAUUUUCCGGUGGAACCCGAAUCAAUGCAGAUUCCCACAUCGCCCACAGCAUGCACCCCGGUCUGAAGACACUGACCCUCUGUACUUGGGCUACUACUUGAACGAGGCUGGCCAUGGCGGACGAAACAACUUUUAUUGUCAUUCGGCGGCAUUAUCGCCCGGGUUUGUGGCGGAACCUCGUCGGGUUGCUGCUGGUUACCAUCAGCGGAUGGAAGACUACUACGGCCAUCCGAGUGUCCCCCAGGACGUCAUUCCUGGGUGCUACAGCCUGCCCACAUCUGCUGCAGGCCAGUACAACUACGCUCAGGGCUACCAGAUCUACCAGGGCCAGGGCCAUGAACCUUACGAGCUCUCUUCAACGCCUCCCGACUCGUCCUCCAUCGCGCUUCUAAGACGUUACUCAUCGCUCUGCGUACCUCACGCAGGAGACGCAAAAACUACCCCGCCUCAUAAUCUCCUCGUCAAUCCGGAGAAAUGCAAGCGGGAGCGCGGCAAGACUUGUUGGUACGGGGGGGGUUGCAAGAAGCCCGGUUGCUACUACCGCCACGAUGCCGUGAAUGAGGGGGGCGAUGACAGGUUUCCUGGGUCUGAUAGCGCUGAUUCGGAGCACAACAUGAAAGGGGCGGGCGUCCAAGUGAGCCCUACCGGCCGAGAGAUCCCGACUAAGAUUGACUUUUCAACCGUCGCCGGAGACGGACAUCCCGAAAAGAAGCCCUCCGGCGACCGCUGGCACAGCAUAUCAAAACGCGCCCCGCCGCUGGUGGUGAACGGUACCAACUAUAGCCGUUGUGCCGAAAACAUUACCGCCACCACCGCCUAG